UGUUUGUUUCUACCAUCAGGUGAAUGUGUACGCUGUAUGUUCUGGAACAAUCUGGGUUGCAUACACUUUGCCAUGGGGAAACACAACCUAGGCAUAUUCUACUUCAAAAAGGCUCUGCAGGAGAACGACCACACGUGUGCACAGCUGGGGGACGGCGGGGCUACGGGUAACGGGCAAUCUAAGCAGUUCUCGGGCAUCCCCAUGUGUGCGCUGCUAGCCAACAAGCGUUAUGAGCUGCUGUAUAACUGUGGGAUCCAGCUGCUGCACAUCGGCCGGCCCCUGGCAGCCUUCGACUGUCUGAUGGAUGCUGUGCAGGUGUACCACUCUAACCCUGGCCUCUGGUUACGGUUGGCUGAGUGCUGCAUUGCUGCCAACAAGGGUAGCUUAGAACAAGACAACAAGGGUCUUCCGAGUAAAAAAGGUAUCGUUCAGGCCAUCGUUGGGCAGGGAUACCAUCGCAAGAUCAUCCUGGCGUCACAGUCCACCCAGAACACAAUCUACAGUGAUGGGCAGUCUGCAGCCAUUCCGGUGGCUAGUAUGGAGUUUGCAGCGAUCUGUCUGAGGAACGGCCUGGUCCUCCUCCCUGAUCACCAGCAGCAGGAGAACAAGGCAGAGAACGGCUCCAAGACACCCAGCCAGUCAGGCAGCACAGAGAGCGGCUCAGAGAACAGCGACGCCUGCAGUGGGAAGGGUCAAGAAGGAGACAAGUUCCUUUCUGCAGCACCGUCUUCACCUCUGAGGAAACAGGAGGUUGAAAACCUCAGGUGUUCCCUUCUGGCCUGCAGUGCCUACGUGGCCCUGGUGUUAGGAGACAACCUGAUGGCCCUGAACCAUGCAGAGAAGCUCCUUCACCAGACCAAGCUGUCUGGAUCACUCAAGUUCCUGGGCCACCUGUAUGCUGCAGAGGCCCUCAUAUCCCUGGACCGGAUCUCAGAGGCCAUCGGUCACCUCAACCCAGAGAACAUCACUGAUGUCUCCAUGGGGGUGUUGUCCAGCGAGCAGGACCAAGGGCCAGAUAAAGGGGAUCUGGAGCCUGUCGAGUCAUCAGGGAAGCAGACUCCUCUGUGUUACCCCAGCACAGUGAGCUCAGCCCGGGCCAUAAUGCUGUUCAACCUGGGCAGUGCCUAUUGUCUGAGGAGUGAGUACGAGAAGGCCCGCAAGUGCCUGCAUCAGGCUGCCUCCAUGGUGAACACGAAGGAGAUUCCUCCUGAAGCCAUCUUACUGGCUGUCUACCUGGAGCUGCAGAACGGGAACACACAGCUCGCCUUGCAGAUCAUCAAACGUAACCAGCUCCUCCCCUCAGUGAUCCAGACGCCCUCUCCAGACACACGAAAGAAGCCCGUUCCCUCCUCCUUCCAGCCUGUCCAACCACCCAUCCAGAUGCCCUCACCCUUCACAACAGUCCAGCGCAAAUGAGCCCUCAACCCUUGGUUCCCCUAACCCUCCUUGCCCCAUUGCACACCAACAUCAACACGCACCUGUCCACCUCUCAUCACUUCACCUCAGUGUAUUAUUUAUUUAAGGCAAGCUGACCCCAACUCAGUGCCGGUGUAGUGUGAAGUUGUCCCUAGAUGUUGAUCUUGGCUCAGCUUUGCAUUUCCUCCCACUAAUGGUUAAGGUUAACAUUGGUGGAGAGGAAGCUGAUCCUAGAUCUGUACCUAGGGGGAAACUGAACCCCUCAGCGCCCAGACGGAGCCCCUCCAGGUCAGGUCCUGGUAUGAAAUGCAGAGGUCUCCUGUCAGGUGGACGAAGGGUGCGUUCACAUUAUGGACCCGCCUCGGGUGCGCCCAAAUUACACCUUAUCCCCUAUGUAAGUGCACUCCUUUUGACCAGAGCCCUAUGGGGCCCUAAUAAAAGUAGUGCCCUAUAUAAGGAACUGGGUUCCAUUUGGGACGGAGCCUUUAUUCAGUGGCUAUCACCUGCAGUGUCUUUGGGGCAGAUCUGACAUGAUUUCUCUGUUCUCUGAGAGUUUUAACUUUCCAUUUGUGACAGCAACAUCCGUUAUGAUAUAUACUGACCGACUUUGCUUGGGGCAAAUGAAAUACCUGUAUAAAAAAUAAAUUUUAUUUACAGAAAUAA